GCCGGGAGUUAACAUGGAUUCGAAAGGACAGGUCAAGAGUUUAACCGAGGAGGCAAUUUGUUCCAUCUGCCUGAAUUUCUUCACCAAUCCGGUUAUACUGGAGUGCGGGCACAACUUCUGUCGCUCUUGUAUCACACGGUGUUGGGAAAGGGAAGAGAGCAACUCCUGCCCGGAAUGUAGAGAGGAGAUUGCAGACUGCACCCUCAGGGUCAAUCGGGCCUUAGCAAAGCUGGCUGAAGAAAAAAUUCGAAAUUUAAAGCUGAAUCCGAAACGGAAGGAAAGUAAACUUCACUGCGGGGGACAUGAGGAAGAACUGAAGCUGUUUUGUGAAACGGACAAGACACUGAUAUGUCUGAUCUGCGCAGUUGCGCAGGAACACAGAGAGCACCACUUCAUGCCGAUUAAAGAAGCUGUUAAGUUCUACAAGGGAAAAGAGCAUGGCUUCUACAACAGGAUCAUGAACCUAAACACGCCUCAAAUUCCACAAUGGACUACCUCAAGAGGAGCAAUCUGAAGGUUUUGCCGUGGCCCUCACAAACCCCUGACAUAAACAUCAUCCAGAAUCUGUGGAUAGACCACAAAAGAUCAGUGCAUGCAAGACGGCCCAAGAAUGUCACAGAACUAGAAGCCUUUUGCAAGGAAGAAUGUGCGAAAUUACCCCAAAGAAGAAUUGAGAGACUCUAAGAUGGCUACAAAAAAGCGUUUACAAUCUGUGAUACUUGCCAAAGGGGGUGUUACUAAGUACUGACCAUGCAGGGUGCCCAAACUCUUGCUUCAGGCCGUUUUCCUUUUUUUGUUAUUUUGAAACUGCAACAGAUGGGAAUAAAAAAAAAACGUUUUCUUGCUUAAAAUAUUAAAUAAAUGU